CCCAAACAAACAACCCUAGCCUUCCGCGUCGCCCACGCGCGCCUCGCCUCCGCCGCUUUUCUCUCCGCCCCGAAAACAGACUCGCCGCCCCCCCAUCCCAUUGCCGUCCUCCUCGCCGGCCGAUGGCGCUGGAGACGCGGAAGCUCUACGUCGGCGGCCUCCUGCCGUCGGCGCAGCAGGAAGAACUCAAGGAGCACUUCAGCCGCUACGGCGAGGUGCUGUGCGUCCGGGUCGUGCGAGACUGGGAGUCGGACCAGUGCCGCGGCUUCGCGUUCGUCGAGUUUGCCGACGACGAGGGCCCGCGCGCCGCGCUCCACGAGAAGGAGAAGGCAAACCACGUUUUCGGCGGCCGCACGGUGGAUGUUAAACGAGCUCGAAUCAGGCCAAUGCGGUAUGAAAAUGAUUCAUCAUUCUACCAACACACUUCAAAUCAUAGCCCAAUUCAGAGCCCAGUUCACAACCAGUGGUACACUCAGUCUUCUAGUAAUAACUCAUAUGUUGGUAAUGGUCAUAGAAGCUAUGAUGCAAAAAAGGUUUUUGUUGGUGGUCUACGAGGUAACAUCACCAAAGAGCACCUCCAGAGCUAUUUUGAGAAGUUCGGUACUAUAACAGACGUUGUUGUGAUACGUGAGGGGGCUACUCAGAAAUCACGAGGCUUUGGUUUCAUUACAUUUGAUUCAGAGGAGGCAAUGGCAAAGGUCUUGGAGAGUAAAUUCCAUGAUUUGAAUGGAACAAAAGUUGAAACUAAGAUUGCCAUUCCUAAGGAUCAUAGCUACUAUCAGGACGGGCGACAGUAUGGUCCAAUGAUAUGGGAUGGCAACAAUUCUCCCAUUGGCUAUGCUGGAGUAUACCCACCUCAAAUGCAAUAUGUUAUUAAUAAUCACUAUAUGAUACCUAUACCACAAUAUAUGUAUUCACCAGCUGGAGAGUAUGGCUACAUGAUGAAUGGAGGAGGCCCCUUGACAAGGCAGGGUCCACUCUAUACAGGCUAUCCAACACCAGUUGGAUAUGGAUAUAAUUAUAUGAAUACAAAUCGUUUUGGUGCUCAGAUUGUGGAUUCUAGAAGUGGUAACAAAAUGAUUGAAGACAUAACAGAGCAACAACAAGUGGAGCAACAACAAGUGGAUCUACCUGGUACCAAUAAUAUUUCCAAGCAAGAAACUUCAGGCAUUGAUGACCAGGCUACUGUUACAACAUUGUAAUGAUGGACAGCAACUUGUUAUCUGGGAACUCGGCAACUGUGAAGAACUUGAGAUGAAAUUCUUUGGUGACAAUACAUGUGUGGAAACCCUGCGCCUACUUUGGACCUUGUGUACAUUGCAACCGGCAAUAGACCCUCCUGUACCAUGUUUAAACUCUAUGUUACUGCCGUUACAUUUUUCGUGGUGAUGAACCUGUUUUGGAAUUUGUCUGGGUUACACAUGUUACCUGUGCGUGGUUA